AUGGGGGAGGCUGAGGCUGAUGAACUGCUUGAUCCAGAGAACUUUGAGCAGCUGCCCAACCUUGUUCUGACAGCGUCCGAAGAGGACCGAGCCCCUAGGCCGGCGGCGGUCUCAGCCGAGGGGAGCAGCCCGCUCUGCAGCGCCGUUUUGGAGAGCCUAGCGGCAGCUCAGCCGGCAAAUAGCCCAUCUUUCGUUGACAGACUCCUGGAGUUCCCCUUAAACCCUCGGCAGCCUUCCUGGGCAGAACCUCCAAAGGAAAAUCUAGGACACAAAAGAGGCCUUCCAUCUAGUCAGCAUCCAUCCGGGGAAUCUCACGCAGGUGAGGCUGGACCCCAGGGACUUGCUCUCUCUGGAGCCCUCACCUGGAGAAGCGGCGCUCCAAUUGCUCGUCGUCGGACUUCUCUCCCGAGGAAGCUGGCAGCCUCGAGUGGGAGCCGGCCAGAGACACCUGCUUCUCUCCCGCUGGUUCUGGCCCAGCGCCGGGCUCCUCUCCUGCCUGACAGUCAUCCCGAAUGCUGUGGGCUGCAGAAGCCGCCACUCCCAUUACAGAGCUGGCAGGGGCCUCGCAUAGAUUCCCGUGACCAGUUGAGUGGCCCGGCCUUCCAAAGCCAGGUGCUGAAGCUGUCUGCCCUGCAAGGGACUCAUGCAGAGGGUGCAGGUGCCUUUGCGUUGGAGGGCACAAGCCAUAUUAAAAGGGGAUGUACCUACAGGCUUUAUUUGUGGUGAUGUCAAUGUCCUCACCCACCAUUUCAGACGAGAGAAAGCUGGGAUGCGGAGAAGUGGAAGGGAAAACUUAAUAGUGGGCAUCAUUGGCUGGGGAGUGAAAUCAAAGACCCUGUGUACUAAUCCUGAUACUCAGAACGGUGCUGUGUGAUGCUUCAUGUCUCAGACUCAAUCUUCUCACCUGUAAAAUAGGUGCAUUAAAAAAUCCAGAUUUAAAAAAAAAAAA